ACUAGCAGGUCCAAUAUUGCCACCAAAGGGGAAUCAAUCACACUUAUAUAUUGUAUUGCGGUGCCGUAUUAAGUCUCAUUUCAAGCAAGUUUACUCCCUUAGUCCCGGACAAAUAACCCCUCGAUUCCCAUAACUUUAGACACCCUGACGAAAUGAGUACACCCGCCAAGCGAAGACUCAUGCGAGACUUUAAGCGCAUGCAACAGGAUGCACCUAGUGGAGUUUCCGCCUCGCCGUUGCCAGACAACGUGAUGAGUUGGAAUGCUGUAAUCAUUGGACCAGCUGAUACCCCCUUCGAGGAUGGGACAUUCCGUCUUAUCCUCCAAUUUGACGAACAAUACCCUAACAAACCACCAUCGGUCAAGUUCGUCUCGGAGAUGUUCCACCCUAACGUGUACGCGUCAGGUGAACUUUGUUUGGAUAUCCUUCAGAACCGUUGGUCACCAACAUACGACGUGUCGCUGAUUCUUACAUCCAUCCAAUCGCUUCUCAAUGAUCCUAAUAUUCUGUCUCCUGCAAACGUAGAGGCAGCCAAUUUGUACAAAGACCAUCGGUCUCAAUAUAUCAAGAGAGUCCGCGAGACAGUGGAAACUUCAUGGAACGAAGAUGACGACGAAGAGGAAGACGAGGAAGAAGAAGAAUAG